UUAGUUCGAAAAAGUAUCGAUAUUUCGAUUCGAUUCAAUACGCAAUGCGUAGCCAUCUAGUGGCCAGAUUAUAUACUAUUUAUGUAGGAGUACGUGUGUAUAGUUAAAUUCAGUAGUAUUGUUUGCUCAAAAAAAGAGAAUGAAUAUAUCCUCUCUUUUGCGACCAACACAGUCUACGCUGUUCUUAUGUAGAAAACUGAAUUGUUGGACAGCAGCAAUAACAAAGACGCAUAGAAAAUUAUAUUUAAAUACUUUUCCUGUGCAUCUUGUUUUACCAGAUGGAAGUAGUAUUAAUAUCAACUACCACGAACCAAGAAGGAUAAUUACUCUUCCUCUUAAUCUAGAUGAGCUUUCUGAAGAAGAGAAACAACUUAGAUUGGGAAAACGUAAAACGGUAACUAAAGCAAAAAUAGUGGAAGAAUACCAAGAUGACUUUGAUGAAACUCAGUUUUUUAAGUAACUUAUUUAAUUGCAUCAUUUUGUAAAUAUUAUAUAUUACAUGGACUUUACGUUACACUUCUAUAUAUAAAACGCAUCUUUUUCUGGUUAUAAAUAGAUCUACCAUAAUGGGUUUUACAAUAUUAAAAUGACUUGUACUAUAGAUAUAUAUCACGUACAUAUUAAAUAUAAUACAAUAAAAUUAUGAAUGUAUUUAGAAAAAAAUUUA